AUGGCGUCCAAGCCCUCCACCUGCUGCGGCAAGAGCGCUGAGUGCAUCUGUGCUAAUGCAGACGUGUCAGGCCCCUGUGACGGCUCUUGCAACUGCUCUGGCUCCGAGGACGGUGCAUUCGAUCCGUCAGAGCACGAGACGGAUUUCACGACCAAGAAGUAA